AGGCGCGACACGCAUCUCGAAGGCCGUCUGGCAUCCGUUUGAUGUUUUUCGGGUCUCAAAGCCGGCCGGCGGUCCUCGCAUCAUCGCGGCUAACGCAAAGCCGCGUGCUGCUAAAACGCAGCAAGCGCUCGAGUGAAGUACAUUCGCAAAGGCACGGCGACGUAAACUCAAAAGAAAAGCAACGUGGCGGUGGGGUCCGUUUCGGGGCCUCCCGGAUUAGGAACAGUGAGCGGAUACGUGCCCGGCCGGUAAUGGCUUCCAGAUUUCAAAAUGGAAUGACUCUGCCGUGCGUCGUGCGAGAACACAGCCCAGAGCCUCCCCGAUUUCCUCUGGCCAGCCAGCGAACGCAAGCCGAUCGAGGCGUGACGUACGUGACGUUACGGUUGACUAACUCGGCUUGAUCCUCGUACAUGCGUGUUCGUUCGACUCUGCCGACGUCGCCGUGCUCGAGGCGUAAAUGAAAAGAGAUGCAGAUAAGACAGGAAGAAGCAAUUCGACGGAGGAAGAGCAGAUCGCGCGAAGAGGGCGAAACAACGCGAUGCGAUGCACGACGCGCGCUCCCCUUCGCUCAACAAUAGAGACCCCUCGGUCUCCGUGUCACGCGCAAAAAGUGGAGGUGAAUCCCCUCCCCUGCGCUGUCACAGUCCUCCCAUUGCCGCUACUCGUGGUCUCUGCCCCUUCGGCGCAGAGCGGAGAGAAGAGCGCACACACUGAACGCGGGCCCACCCCCUUCGGGGAAAAAGAGUGGACCUUUUGUUGGAGGGAGAAACUCUCUGACAAUUUUGCAGUGGAAGAAAGGCCUCCUCACUCCUAAAGGGCACAACAAGUCGUGUUGCGGCAACACUCGAGGGGGAAGAUGGCGUGACGCCGUAUCAUGUUGCCGUCUUCCCUCCCAGAUCGCGACGCCCGUAUAAUGGCUGACGCCGAGCGGCCGGACCCCGGCGGCCCUCCGUUGUCACGCGACAGUUUGUCAGCGCCGUCUUCGUCAGCCACGCGGAGAAAUGACUGCAGCGUCGCGCCCCUCACGCCGUCAGCCUCGCCGAGGGCGGAGGUCAGACCACGGAUGGCCUGUCCAUUCUCGGUUGUCGUGGCAAUCGACUUCGGGACGACCUCUAGCGGCUACGCGUUCAGCUUCACCGAGGACUCGGAAGCAAUAAUACACGUCAUGAAGCGCCGGGAGGGCGGCGACCCCGGCGUAGCCGACCAGAAGAGCCCGACGUGUCUGCUGCUGACCCCCGACUUGCGCUUCCACAGUUUCGGCUUCGCGGCGCGGGACUUUUACCACGACCUGGAUCCGGACGAGGCCCGCCACUGGCUCUACUUGGACAAGUUCAAGAUGAAGCUCCACAGCGCUUGUGAUCUCACAAUGGAGACGGAGCUGGAGGCGGUUAACGGUCGGAGGGUGACGGCCGUUGAGGUGUUCGCGCACGCCCUGCGCUUCUUCCGGGAGCACGCCCUCAAGGAGGUGAAGGAGCAGACCUCCUCUGUGCUGGAGCGAGACCAGGUCAGAUGGGUGAUCACCGUUCCUGCCGUGUGGCGACAACCUGCCAAGCAGUUCAUGAGAGAGGCCGCGUACGUGGCGGGCCUGGCGUCCGCCGACCGUCCCGAGCAGCUCCUCAUCGCUCUCGAGCCGGAGGCGGCCUCCGUUUACUGUCGCAAGCUCCGCCUCCACCAGGUGACCGACCUGAGCCUGCGGCCGAUCGCAAACGGCACGGAUGCCGACGGAUCGCUGCCUUUUGACUCCAGCUUCAGACAAGCCAGGGAGCAGUUGAGGCGAUCCAGACACAGCCGGACCUUCGUAGUCCAGAGCGGAACAGGAGAGCUGUGGUCCGAGCUGCUGACCGGUGACAAGUACGUUGUGGCGGACUGCGGAGGAGGAACAGUGGAUCUGACGGUGCAUCAAAUCGAGCAGCCGCAGGGGACGCUUAAAGAACUGUACAAGGCCUCAGGCGGUCCGUACGGCGCCGUCGGCGUGGACCUGGCCUUCGAGUCCAUGCUCAGCCAGAUCUUCGGGGACGACUUCAUCCGGAGCUUCAAAGUCAAGCGGCCGGCCGCCUGGGUGGACCUCACCAUUGCGUUCGAGGCCAGGAAGCGGACGGUGGCGCCGGGCAGGGCCAACGCCCUCAACAUCUCCCUGCCCUUCUCUUUCAUCGACUACUACAAACGACACAGGGGGCAGAGCGUGGAGGCCGCCCUGAGGAGAAGCAAUAUGAACAUCGUCAAGUGGUCGUCGCAGGGCAUGCUGCGACUUACCCAGGAGGCCAUGAACGAACUCUUCCAGCCCACCGUCGCCAAUAUUGUGCGACACAUCGAGGAGCUGAUGUCCAAGCCAGAGGUGCGCGGCGUGCGUUUCCUCUUCCUGGUGGGCGGGUUUGCCGAGUCGCCCGUGCUGCAGAAAGCUGUCGACAAAGCACUGGGACGCACGUGCCGCGUCGUCAUCCCGCAUAACGUUGGUCUGACCAUCCUGAAGGGGGCGGUGCUGUUCGGGCUGGACCCCACUGUGGUGCGAGUGCGCCGAUGCCCGCUGACGUACGGCGUGGGCGUCUUGAACCGCUUCGUGAAGGGGCGCCACCCUCAAGACAAGCUCCUCAUCAAGGACGACCGGCAGUGGUGCACCGACAUCCUGGACCGCUUCGUGUCCGUGGACCAAUCGGUGGCUCUGGGCGAGGUGGUGAGGCGGAGCUACACGCCCGCUCGCCCGUGCCAAAGGAAGAUCAUCAUCAACAUCUACUGCAGCGCCACGGACGACGUCACGUACAUUUCGGACCCCGGGGUCAGGAAAUGCGGAACGGUGACGUUAGAACUGCCGGAGCCGUUAGCGGCGCCCGCGGCGGGGGGCUCGGCGAGGAGGGAGAUCAGGGCCACCAUGCAGUUCGGGGAUACGGAAAUCAAAGUUACGGCCGUCGAUGUCAUGUCCAAACGCUCCGUCAGGGCUUCUAUUGACUUCCUGUCAAACUGAUAUUCAAAUAGAAUGCAGUAAUGCUAGUUUGGAGAGCAGCGGUGUCCCCAAGUCCAGCCCCCUGUCCAUUUUUGAAAAUUCAGAGAUUUGGUUCUCAAUACAUUAUUCACGUUUGAAGAUAAUUGCUGAAAACGUGCUUAGACUGAGAACUAUGUAGUGGAGAUGAAACCAUUUCAGUAGUCCUGAUUUUUGGGAGGCUGCCUGACGCACGUUGAAGUCUGGCACGAGUCGCUCCUCCUCAACUUGAGGGCCUUCGUUCGCAUCAGCCAUCUAAUCUAGCGAUGCGUGCGCCCCGAAAACGCACGUUCCCCUCAGGGAGCCUGGCCACUUUAGAGUGCCUCGUUGUCGUGUGUAAUCGCCCGGUCAGAAAUGUUCUCAAGUCCGACUUGACGGGCAGCGUGUGGUCCAAUUCUUGAACAUGUCACACUCAACGCUUCGGACACUCUCGUUGUAGGGUAACAACCCAAGUAUAGUACCUGAAGUGAGAAUAUACCAUUACCUCAUUUUAAUCCACCGUACUUCCUAGCGCAGUCCAACAUGGCUGUCCUCCACCAAUGAACUCAGAAUGCAUGGUCCAGGAAUUGUGUUUUGACCCUGCAGUUUUGGUGAAAAGACCGAUUAACGUUCCCCGUUUAAAUGACCGGCAUAUGACGGGUUUGUUAUUUUUCCACAAUGCCGCCACAUUUGGGGUUGCCGUGUCCACUCCGGGUGUUAAAAGUAACACACGCAAGCCCUCGCUAAGUUGAUUUCAGAGGUGCAUUUAUUGUUAAGAAUGGCCCAAUAAAUACAUGCACACGGUGCAGAUCCUUUCA